AUGUAUGCGCAGGAGUCCGUGUACUGGAGCUGCCUCCAAGAAAACGAGACGCUAAUGCGCCUCUGCACGGACAUGGUGGCUGCGGCAGCCAGGAGCAAGGAUGCCGUGGAAGCACAGGUCGAAGAGCUCUGCAAGCUCUGCUGGGCUUCAGCCUUGGAGGCGGUGGAUUGCCACACGCUGCUCAUCGCUGCCAGAGCAGAGGUAGACCACUUAAAGCGCCGGCUAUCGCGAUGCAGCCUAGCCAAGACAAAACAGCUGGUCUUCCCCGAGGAUGAGCUGCAAGCUGCCAACAGGCCCUGCUUCGACGGUCCCAGCUUCCUAGAUCAGGAUCAUGGGGAUCUUAUCUUCAACGCCGUUUGGGAUGAGUUCCAAGAUGAUGGGCCCCCUCCAGGCAGCGAGAUCCCUGUGAUGCUUGACACCGGUAUGAACACGGAGGAGACCGCAGAAGACGUGAUGAGUUUGCAGCGGAGCUGCGAGGAACUGCAAUCGCGGCUCUCCACCGCUGAGGUGGAGGCAGUUCGCCUGCAGGGCGACGUCACCCACCUCGAGGAGCAGCUCUGUGAGGCGGUGGAGGAGACUCGCACCGCGAAGGGCCACCUCACGGAGGCCCUGGAGCAGCUCACCGAGGCCCAAAGCUCUGAGGCCCUGCUUCAAGGAGCCUACGAGAAGCUUCAAGAGGAGCACGAGCUUGAGAUCAAGCUCCACGAAGACACGAGACACGAGGUGUCCCGGCUUCAGUCGGAGGUGAUGCGGUAUCGGUCUGCAGACAUCGCGUCGCAGGAGAAGAAGGCUUUUCACAGCCGCCGUCCUUCGAGAAGGCCUCUCAAUGACAGCAGGCCACCCUCAUCACCGCUGCCGCUGCUUGCCGGCUCCUCCGUUAGCUUUUCCGACGCAGCUGCAGCACUGCGCGAGGUGGAGUCCCCAGGCUUCGCGCUCCCCAACCGCCGCAAGGCGAUGCAGGUUUCAACCUCUUUGCCUUCCUUGCAGCGGGGCGGUGCCGAAUCUCAAGGCCAGAGCUCCCUGCUAGCAGCUCCGCGCAGCAAGAGGCCUGCUCGCUCGGAUGUGGAGAUGACGGAAGAAGCCAAGGAGCUUCUAACGAAGAUCGGCACGGAGAGUACGUUGCGGUAUGCAAUCCACUUAAUCACCUGCUCCAAUCUCGUGGCCAUGAAGCGGAAGGCACAGGAGGUUGAUGUCCAGGACAUCCGCAAGGUCUACUCGCUCUUUGUGGAUGUCAAGCGGUCUACGCAGUUCCUCAUGGAGUAUCAGCAGGAGUUCAUGUUCUCCGAGGUGCACGAAGAGGAGGAUGCCGAGAUGCCUCAGGCGAAGGCAUGCAUUUUGUGCCUGAAAGCCCU